AUGAGGAAGAGGGGCAAGAAUGCCAAAAAGGGGGGCCCCAAAAUUGCUUCGCUGGGCACUCCGAACGGCGCAACACACGCAACCCCUGCUAACGGCGCUAACCCGCAUGACAACAUUCCCGGGGUCAACUUCAGCCGCGUAAAGAGCUCCUACUUGGAAGGGGCGCUAAAGCUGACGAACGCAGAAAGCGUGAAGCAAAAGUUAAAGCGGAAAAAUGAUGAACUGAGGGGGAUGGUCAGAGGGGGAGACAUCCCCGUGGUGCCCUGUCUGGACAGCGUACUGUCAGUACAAAGCAUCCCAAGCGACCAUGAACGAGGGGGAGAAGACACCAAGGAGUUGAAACAUUUUGAGGAAUUCGAAAUUGUUCUAAGGGGGGGCGUGAAAGAGGAGGAGGAGGAGUUGGGUAGCGGAGAAGCUGAGGGACAGAAAUUCUCCUGCGUGGUGGAGAACGCCGCACCGUUGAAUGAGAAGCGGUUCGUAUGCGAUGAGGUGCUCAGUGAGAGAGGCAGAGAAGCGAGCGACAACAUAGGGGAAGGAGAAGCGGGCGACAACAUAGGGGAAGGAGAAACGGGAGACAACAUUGGGGAAGCCGAACAAGGCAACGUGUCCCACCUCUUCAACAAAACGAAGGAGGCGUACAAAUCGUUGAACCUGGAGAAGCUGUUUCUGUCUAACAGUUUUAACAACCCCCUCCGGGGUGAAGGGGGGGGGUGCGAAAGGGAAUGCGGCGGAAAGGAGGACAAACUUAGCUUAGUGAAAACUAUCGAGAGGAAGUUGAAGGGCCAAAAUUCCUUCGUCAUGGAAAAUAUAUAUAACGCGUUUAGAGGCACCAUAAACGAUUUUAUAGAUGUGUACCUCCAGGGGGAAGAUGAAGAAGUGGGUGAGGGAAGAAGCAAAAGGGCUGUGAUGAGGAAGGAUACCACGAUUCGCAGCGUCGAUCCUUUUCGACAGGGAGAAAGAGUUAACCUAAGGGAUGAACAUGGUUUGAAAAAAAUGUAUCAGAUGGACAGUGAUGUCUUCCUUUCGGGGGGAGAAAAAGACAAAAUUGAAGUUAAGCAAAGUGGGUAUGCGACGAAGAGGGAGGAGGAUACGAAUGUAAGGGACUACUUGAGCCAGUUUGGGGGGAGCAGCAACUCGGGUGGGAACAGAAACUCUUGGGGGGACCGCACAUCGGGAGGGAAGACCACCUCUUGGGGAAACCCCACCCCGCGUGACAGCAAAAACAGCAAAUGUUGCAAAAUCAAACAGGGCGGGGCCAACCCGUUUGGGGAAGGCAAUGUGGUGGCGGGAGCCGUGGCCUAUCUCAUGGGGGACACUUCCAGAUUGGCGAGGGGGGGCCCAUCCAAACAGGAGAGUCAUCCUCUACACAGGGAUAUUGACAAACACAAGCAGGUGGAGGAGGCGUACAGCGCAUACUACCCCGAGGGGGAAUCAUUUGAAUACUCAAGCAUUAUUUCUGACUAUUUGUAUAACGGGAAGGGGUGGCCGGAGAGAAAAAAAAAUGAUGGGGGUACCCCUUCCAGUGGUCAUAAUGCUGAGAAGGGGAAGCGGGAUGGCAAGACGUGUGAGUUACACCCCUCGAUGGGUAGCCAAAUGAAUACCGUGCUGGACACGCAGGUGAACGACAGAAGCGUAUUUGAUAUCUCCCCCAUGACGCACAAGUACAAAUACGCGUCGAACAUCCUACUGACGAUUAACAAAAUUAAGAAUGUCGAGCGGGUGGUAGAAAUCAAUUUGAACAUUACAGAUGUGCAGUUGAACGUUCCGGGCAUGCGUGUUGAAAAUGUCAUAUUGCCGCAUAAAUAUGCCAGCGAUUUGUUAACCAUAAAAAUAAAGACCUUGAGUGGGGGAUAUGGGGGGACAUACAGAGAGGCUAUGCGCAGAGGGGAAACCAUAGAUGCCCAUCAACCUGGGGAAUGCAAAACGAACAGGGGAGAGACAAACGAAGAAAACGUCACAAUUAAAAGCUACUUUGUUUUUAUCCCUCUGAAUAACAUUAAGGAAGGAAUUAUAAACAAGAGACUUACCCUAAUCAGCUCAAAACGAAAAGACGAAUUUGAGAAGGAGGGGUUACUCCCGGAUACUCUCUACACGAUAGAAUCCCAGGAGCUAAAUUGUGAAAAUGAAAAACAUAUGUACAUUUCUCUAAAAAUUUGCAAAAAUGGGAUUCAUUUCUUCCCGUCUGUGGAUCCCCAUCGGGGGGACAACCUUAACGGAAAUAACUCAACCAGUGAGAGCCUCACCAGGAGUGCAUUCGAACCUGUGUACGUAUGUCUCUACAACGAUGAAGUUGAUAAGGAGAUUGGGAGUAUAGUGAAUGGGAGGGGGCUAGCCAACAAGGUGAGAAUAAACAAGCUAGUUGCGAAGGGACAUUACCUGGUUAACAAUUUGCCCUUCCAAUUUCACUUUAACCAUUCGAAUGUGCUCCUUUGUACCCAUGGGGACAUUACGGAGGAGGCGGAUAGCCUCCUUAACCACAUUGGCAAAGAAUUCAUUCGCGUGGAGAGCCUCCUCGAUCUGUUCCCAACACGUAUAUUCCCCCCGCUGCAGGACGUCCUACAUAUGGACUCCAUUGAAAGGAAUGAAUUUUUACAAUUAAAAUUUGUUCUUCACUUUUUGGCCAUCACGGAGAUUAUAUGUCUCCAUUUGUGCUCCCUCUUUGGUUUCCACGUGGAUGUGCAGCCGCUCUUUCGGGACCACUUAACCGCAGUUAAAAUGGACGAUGGGACGGGGCAGGGGAACCGCUUCACCUUCCUCUACACCUCUUACGAGGAGGACGCGGAGCCCAGCGGCUACUUUCUGAACUACACCAAGCCGUUCGUUUUCCGCUUCCAGGGGGGUAGCAACUGGGGCAGUGCGGAGGGGAAAACCCGCCCACAAUGGGACUACUGCUCUGACAAUGCGGAGGGGAGACCCCCCACAGAGUGCGACGAAAACGACCUCUUCAUCGUGGACUACGCGCGCAAGCAGGCCAUAUUCCUGCACAACGCGAUAAAGCACCAUGGGGACAUUCGGGGUAUACCAAAGUGCUACGACAGGAAGAGGCGCCUUUUUUUUACGGCAGACAUGAGGAAGAAGCAAUUUCAAAUUUAUUACAUGGGGGUUUUGAGAAGGUACAAGUUGCUUCUUAGCAGGGGUGAAUCCGCCCAAUUGGGGAAGUUUUCCCAAGUGGCGAUCCAGCCAGGGGGCAGUGAGCCGAAUUCGCAGUGGGGCAGCCAGACGGAGUUCACUUGGAACGGGAACAACUCAACAGAUGGGGGGUUAGGUGGUGGGUUAGGUGGCGGUUUGGAUGGCCGUUUGGAUGGCUGCUUAGAUGGCGGCUCCCUCCGGGGGGACAUCCCCCUCGGCGUUCCGCACCCGAGGGACCACUCUCCGUUUGUGAAAAGUGAGCCACCCAAACGGCAAGCUGCUUCAACUAGCAAUGCACCGGUUUGUACAGACGGGAUGGAAGACGAACAGGUUGGAGGCCACUUCGGGGGUACCAACUGGGAGGAGAGAGUAAGAGGAGAAAAUCUACACAGAGGGAGGGUAGCCUUACGGGGGAAGCCCCCCAAAGUUGAAAACGCAUACAGGAGAAACGUCACCGUAACGGGUCAGGCAAAGAUGGCGGAAGAGAGAAGCUUUGCGGGGGGUAACAAAACGAUUGGGGAGGAACAAAAGCUAUCGAUGAGAGGGGAAACUACCCCCCAUGGUGAACUCCCCAACGAGAAGACGUCAUUUUACAAUUUGAGAGAAUAUAAGAAUUAUCAUUUCCAUGGGGACCAAGCUGGUCAGGUAACGUGUAAAAAUGGGAACUCACUGGAAAACUUGGACCGAGGGAGGGACAGCCAUGAAGAGAUUAACACAAAUGGAUGGCAUGUGAAUACAAAGGGGAAGGAAUCCCCUGUUGGGGAACUGCCUCGUCUUCCUGAUGGUGAGAUCGAUUACUACAACAUGCAUAGAGAGGAUGUCCCCUUCAGUCUGGAGAGUGUCCAGUGGGACUUUAAUGAUGACGACUUCUACCCGGGUGAGGAUCCUCUACAUGCGGGUUGUUCAAAUGGGUACGGCAGCAGGGGGGGUGACGGCCAGACGGUCUCCAUCGCGGGGGGCAGCAAAAGACUUGGCGAGCGCUGCGCCGAUCUGUUGGCCCUGGGGGGAAAUGCGCGCCUGCCCGGGGCGGCGGACCAGGACUGGGCCCCGUCAAAGCUCUCCGCAUCCAAAGUGUGCAACGAUCACACGGACCACGCAGCAAAGCAUUGCAAGCUGGUCAGGCGAAGUGAUAAUGACGGGUAG